AUGGAAGAAUUCACACGGGUCUUUACUAUUCAUUUUGACGGCACCGUGUAUAAGUCCUCUGUGGACUGCCGCGUCGUCGGCACGUUGCGAGAACUCCUCGUCAAAGCGCUGCCGGCACCCUUGUCCCCACCGGCAUCAUCGGCAGUGCUGCCAGCACUGAAGGACACUGCGACCUGGGUAGAUGGUUAUGCGUGCUCAUUUGGUGGCCAGCGUUUGUCACUGGCGGUAUCCACAGAAGUGGCGCCGACCACAUUGUAUGUGGCUUUGGCUGCACGCAACCGCGUUGAUGAGAAGAUGUCCGUCUCUGGACAUGCAGGCCCGUUGAAGAGACGGAGAUCAUUUAGCACGGGUAAUAGGGGACACAAUGAUAACGAUAAUGGUGACAGGGACGAUGACAAUAACAACAACAACAGCGGUAGUAGCGGCAGCAGUGACAGUGAAAGUGGUAGCAGCGGAAGCAGUAGUAAUGGUACUUUGAAUAGUGCCGUCCGGCAACGCCACCAAUCGUACUGGCAUCAUGGUACAGCACAGGACAAUACAGACAAGAAAAGCGACGACAACAACAACAGUAGCAACUACGAAGAAGCAGAGUAUGGGAAUGAAGAGGAAAGGGAAGAUGAGGACUGUGAUGAAUAUAAUGAUUCCCACGGCAAUAGUGUUGAAGAGUGGAAUGAUGGAGUGAAUGACGUCAACGCCGAAAUGUUCCGUUAUGAUGGUCGCCAGCAACGGGCGGUGCUGCCCAUUAUUGUGGGUGGCGUUGUGCGGCUCAUCGACAUUGAAAGCCGUGACAAGAGCCACCAAUGGACUGUGUAUAUCCGUGGCCUUUUUAACGAGACGGAAUAUCUGGCACGGUGCAUCGAGUCAGUGCAGUUUGUCCUUGAUCCUUCCUUCACACCUAGUGAGCGUAUUGUUAAGACCGCACCAUUCGAAUUAACGGAGGUGGGUUGGGGUGAAUUUGUUGUCAAGAUGCAUGUGAAACUCCGUCACUACCCACGGCCAAUUCAGGUGGCACUGUCUUCUUCUUCGUUUGCAUCAACGGCAACCCACAAAUCGGAGGUUAAAGUGGCGUCAUCCUUCUUGUCGUCGCAGCCAAUGGUGCCAUUGUCGGGAAUUUCACGAGGGCCUCUCUUGUCACCUGUUGUGAGUGUACUCAGCCGGCAUCAUUACCACAGUGGGACUCACGACAAGUCGUCAUCAUCCACUACGGCCGUGACUUCCGUUAACAAACAGUGGGGAGUGGUGAAGACAGAGGUAAAGGUGGAGAAGGAUGACUCGAAUGAUGAGAAUAGCGGCAUUUACGGCACGGAGAGCAUGAAACCGAGUGAAGUCCAAUCCCCUGGACAACCGGCGAUUAUGACGCUGGGAAUGUCUCCCGGUGUCGUGACGCUUUCUCACUUGCUGCGUUUCUCGCACCGUCCACGUCGUUUUCAUUGCAUUCCACCGCUAGGAAGACCUUAUGAGCCGGAGGAGCAUGUUGGGUACACGAUUGUGCAGACACCAGUUGUGACAGAGCAGUACGACGAGAUUGUCGUGCCGGAUCCACCAGCCCCUAUACUGGAGGUGACGGAAGCUCUUCCGAACAUGUUCCGCCGCCGCAUUGCGACCGUUAAGACAGCCCGAGCGAUGGCCCAGCAGCAGCAGCAGCAGCAGCAGCAGCAGGGACCUCUCUUUGGCAGUGGCGCCCCGUUAGGCGUCGCCGCGGCGUUUAACGAGGGCGGUGUGUCUUGCUGGGAGUACAUUAUGCAGGAGGAACCCGAUGACGCUGUGUUGGCGGAGUCGUAUCUUGAGAGUCUCGAGAAGGCCCUGUCGUCCUUGGUCGGCGCACAACAGCAUGGUGCGGAUGUGUUCUCUUCGGCGUUCUACACGGCUUCUCAGCAACAAGAGCAGCAGCAGUUGAAGCAACAGGCUCUCCACGGAGUCGAUGCUCCCAUUGUUGUAAAACUGCCUCGUGGGCGAAGGAAACUCACGGGCGCGGAAAUCGACCUGGCAGCACUCCGGACAGUAAAGAAAGGCCUUGUGGAGGCCAUUGAGAAGAUGCGGCGUGAGUUGGUGCUGCGGCAGGCGGCGCAGACGUACCAGCACUACAUGUGA